AUGGCGAACCCGGCCAACGCAAACGGGGACAUGUCCAACGGCAUGGCCGUCCUGCCCAGGAUCCACGAGGCCCUCGAGCUCAUCCACAACCCGCACUCCGCGAACCAGACCCGCCAAGAAGCCCAGCAGUUCCUGGAGGAGGUCAAGAACCUCGACGAAGCUCCCUCGCAUGGCUACACGCUCGCCUCGGACAAGGGCCAGUCCCCCGUCGUCCGCCACUACGCCCUGUCGUUGCUCGAGCACGCUAUCAAACACAAGUGGUCCAAGUACUCGGAAGACCAAGCAGCAACUCUGCGCCAGUGGGUCAUGAGCCUUGCGCGGGACAUCGCCAGGGAAGACCCGUCCUAUAUACGGAACAAGAUUGCUCAGCUAUGGGUGGAGGUGGCCAAGCGCUGUUGGGCCGGUUCGUGGAUGGACAUGGACUCCCUGCUUGUCCAGCUAUGGCAGGUACCCGAGUCGGCCGUCCACAAGGAGCUGGUGCUGCUCAUUCUCGAGACCCUGUCGGACGAGAUCUUCAGCUCAGACGACCCCGCCGUCGCCGAGCGAGAAGGGCUCCUUAGCAAGGCGUCAGUCGAGAUAUUCACGCCUUCCGCGGUUCUGCGCGAGACCUUCCCCAACCGGGAAGCAGGGCCUGAUGUCAGGUGCGGCGACGAGGGUUGGCUGACGAGGAUCACCGGCUUCUUGGGCCAGUGCCUGUCCGGCGACCUGCAGAACAACGAGGAGCUGCGGAACUGUGCUGUUCGUGCCUUUGCCGUCUUGUUCUCGCUCAUGCCCUGGGUCAUCCCCAAUGCCGCCACCGCGACUGGCUGUGUACCAGCCAUUUGCCAAGGCCUUCGGGCCUCGCAUAUCUCGGUGCAGAAGGGUGCCCUGGAAGCUAUGCACGCCCUUUACUCCCGCACUAGCUUGGUCGACCAAGAAUUUCUCGAUCUCGUCGUGCCCCUAUACAACAGCCAAUGCAUCGAGCUGCUGACGCAGUUGUUCGAAUGGUCAACCGUCGACGCAGAGGACAUCGACGACGACAAGUAUCAAGUUGGCAAGAAGCUUUCGGAGGUCAUCUCGUUUCUCGGCAACUAUCUGGACCGACGUUUUGCUGUCCUGCCCAAAGAUCCCGAGCGUGUGGACUUCCAAGGGUUCCUGCGAUUGCUCCUGCUCGUGGCCCAAAGCCAGAGCAUGAUAGUGUCUAUCCCGGUGCUCGUCACCUGGGCCCGAUUGCUGGGGCACAGGUCCUUGGGCCGUAACAUUGCUGAGCUCCCGACAUUUGUCGGCCCACUCCUGGAACUCUGUGGCUCGAGGUUGGUCCGGUACGAGAGCCUACCAGAGGACACACAGGAUCCAACCUUCCUCUUUCUCUUGGAAGACACCGAUACCAUCCCUGAGCGCCACGCAUUUCUUGGCAAUUAUAGACGAUAUGCAUCUAGCGUUAUUGAACAUAUAGUCCAGCUGAAGCUCGCCGAUGCCGUCUCGCAUAUCUUGAGUCAGACGGAGAAUAUCCUGCAACACCUCUAUGAUGGCCAACCCCCCUUUGACCCGACAAACUACUCAAAGAGCUCAGCAUCGGUGCUGCGAAUCGACGCACAGGCCACAGUCAUUGAAGCAGCGCUCCGCGGAUGCAUGAAAUGGCGAGGCAAAACGGAAGCCGAUGAGCAAAGCAUCACAGCACUGGAGGAGACUCUGGAGCAGUGGGCAAAUCGCGUUCUUGCCAUGUCCUUCGAAGAUCCCUCCAUCCGCAGGCGCAUUCUCCAGCUCCUAGUGGCAUUCUCCACGACAGCUCUUGAUAGGAAGCCGGGCUUCAUGCUCAAGGUCCUAGAGCAUAUCCUAGUGACAUGGCCUGCCCCGCAGCCAGAGUAUCGUCAGUUUAACGAUGCGAUUAAGGAUUUGCAGACAGAGAGCAUGGUCGAGCUUUCGAGACUGGCGGCAAAGAUGCCUGAUCAUCUCUUGGACGUCUACGACCAGAUCUCUGCCAAGGUCAAUGAUAUGAUUGCUUCGGGGACGAUGGAUGAGAAACGUCAGAUAACUUAUCAGACGUUCCUCUUCACCAUCAUCCACCGAUGCAGUCGACUGGAUAAAGCCACAAAGGUUCAGAAGCUCCAGGAAUUUAUGGAGCCAAUCCGCACGCAAUGGCGCAACGAGAACAUGAAAGGUGCCCUAGCAUCGUAUGGUGGGUUCUGCGAGAUGCUUGCUCUCGAUAAGGUCCAGAACUACCUUGCCAGGAAAAGAGUGCACGAGGUCAAAGACUGGGGUGCGAUGCCCCUCGACGACGAGGGCAAAGCUCUUCAGAACGAGCUUGAGGAGCGACAAGCCGCACUCCCCCUCCGGCCUACCAAGUCUGUCUUGACAGCAUCCGUGGAGAAGAUCGACAAGAACACGGUUCCGUAUGCUACUGCUUGUGACAUCUGGUCCGACGCAUUCCCCCUGAUUCUUCCGGAUCUGCUCAAAUUCUUAGACCAUGCACAUGCCUCGUCAACGCCAGAUAACUGGGCUGGCCUACCUCCGGAGAUGAGAUCUACAGUAGUAGGUCGCGUUCUCACCGAUCGGUUUUGGCAGGCUGGUAUCUCAGAGGGAUCCAAGGACGAGUUCUACGCCCGAGUCCUCGACAAAAAGCACACUAUGGAGGGGCUUGGCUCCACCAUUCGAGGCACUAUCCGCUUCGUCAGGGAAUCAGUAUAUGCAAUUCUGUACUGCAUGAGCCGCUUGGACAUGCAAUUCUACGGCUUUGGCGAAUUGCCAGGUCCCCUAGCCCACUCGCUCCUGGCAAAUUCAUACUCACUAUCUCCCCAUCAACAGAUUAACCUACUCAAUCUGGUCCGGUUCCUAGUGGACAAUUGCCCCACCGAGCUUCGAGACCAUUUCCUUCCGCCACUCAUGGCAGCCUGUUUCCAGCAAAUGGACGCCAAGAUCACCUCGGAAUGGGAAAAGCUGGAGAAUCAAAAGGCGAUCCAGGCCGACCGAGACGACCUCGGAGAGGAGAUGAAAUCGGAAAGCAUCCUGAGACAACUCUCGUAUACGGGUGUGAUGAUGGUGGCUGAUUUCCUAGAUCCUGCUAGGAUGAACCUGCCGCUGUCCAAACCCGACGGUAUAUCGAAAAAAUAUGCCACACUCCGCAAAUUCUGCCUGAUGCAGUCGGAGAUUGUGGAACCGCUACUCAUGUUCUGCACACACGUCAUCCGGAUCCGCGACACGAGAUGCUGUAGCGUCAUGCUGCGGGUUUUCCGCUCCAUCGUCCCCGAGUUCCGGACUGUCGAGGGAAUGGAGGUCAAGACGGAAAGCGACAAGAACAACAACGUUGAUACCUCGCCCAUCCCAGCCGCGACGGCAUCCGUCAUCCGUGAGUACUUCUCGACCGACGUCUUGAAGGCAUGCAUACAGUCCAUCAACGAACCCUACUUCGUCGAGCUGCAGAAGGAACUCGGUUCCCUGAUUGCCACGAUUAUUGCCUACUACAGCUCGCUCACACCAACACCGAGGAACAUGAUCCUAUCUGUCCCGAAUCUUAAGCAGGAGUCGGUGGACGAUGCCAUUGGUAAGAUCACCAACACGGGGAACUCGAAGCUGCAACGCAACUACGUCCUUGAGCUCUUCAGGGAACUGAAAGGCGUAAGCAUCUCCGAGAUGGGCAAGCUGAGCACGAGCAUUGGGGGUCUGUCGUCAUCGAGGAAGUCUGGCAAGAAGGGGUCCCGCAGCCAGAUGGCACAGGAGUUCAUGACAGCCCCGCAACCCAAGUCUGGCAACGACAAGGCCGAUCAGGGGGCCGAGCUCGACGGAGUGGCUGGCCUGUUCCAGCAGUAG